GUUACGUCCUAGUCCGGGCGCGGUGUUCGCCUGUUGUGUUGCUGCUUGGUUAUCCAGUGGUUCGAAUCGAAACAGGUUUGGCAUGUUUAAACUAAUGUACUGGUGCUUGCGAAUCAAAUACAUGGGAGUUUUAAGUAUUCAUAAGCAAUUCUUGAAGAGUUAUGGUGAACGUUUCUUUCCGUCAGGAGUUAGCUCAAAAUUCAAAGUGAUAAUUACGUUUUUGACUGGCAAUCAAUCGAAUUUUUACAACGUCUAAAUCAAAAGCACUAAUACCAUACGUUAAUUUCGUAUUUUUUAUUGUAUUAGUUCAUAAUUUUAUUUUAACAGGAACUGUAAUGACUGAGAACUAUGAGUACAUGCCGCGAGCGAGGCAGGACCCUGAUGUUGAAUAUCCUUUAACAAUUAAGUAUUGUGGUGAAUGCACUAUGCCUCUGGAGUAUUGUGAAUUUUCACCAUUUCCUGAAAAAUGUCGAGCAUGGUUAGAGAAAAAUUUACCUGAAGAGUUUGAACGACUUAAUACUGAUGAUGUGGAUUCAAACCAAACUGAGGCAACGCCUAAAGGACGUCAAGUUAGGGGUGGAAAGGGAGGACCUAAAAAGCCAGUAAAACAACAAAUAGCAGUAUUUAAAACUUCCAGAGGCAAGAAAAAAUAUACGACUAGUGUCACUGGAUUGUCCACAUUUGGGAUUGAUCUGAAAGCAGCUUCGAAAGUAUUUGGUCACAAAUUUGCAACCGGUAGUUCGGUAACGGGGAAUGGUGAUGAAAUUGUAAUUCAAGGAGAUGUAAAAGACGAGCUAAUUAAUGUAUUAAUAGAAAAAUGGCCAGAAAUCGAUAAAGACGUAAUAGAGAAUCUUGGGGAAAUGAAACGAUAGACCAAAUUCGUUAUUUUGGUGUACAGUGUUGUAAUUAAUUUUCUUGCUUUGAAAAUACAACCCUUUAUAUUGUUGAA